UAUUACUUGGAUCGAUGGUCUGUUUCUCUAUCUACCGAUUCUAGAAAUAGCUGGUCUUUUCUGCUACUUGGUAAAAUAAAUCGAUUCCAGUAGGGCGAGAUUUACCAUCUUGGGCUCAUUUGGAUUUCUUUGAAGUCACUGACGCCUUAAAAUGUUUAACCAAAUCAUUCGCCCGGUAAUUCGCUAUGGUGCUGUGCGAGGUGCACGAUUUUAUCAUGAUCCAAAUUUCAAGCCGGUGACGAUGGACGAUCUACCAGUUCCGCAAGGAUCAUGGCAAAAAGAUUACGAAGCUAAGCAGAAAAGAUACAACAUUCAUCUUGCUGUGGGCAUUGCCAGUCUUAUCUUCACUAUUGCAUUUGCAAAGCAAUCUGGAUUGGUAUACCUAAAUGCUUUCCCACCAUCUGAGGACGACAAAUAAUUCAAAAUAUGAUACUAGCUAAGUUUUGUAGAAUGUGAAGAACUUGGGUCAUUGAUACGAAUGAUUGUACUUUAAAUGGCAGUGAGAUGCCAAUUCAGAUUUAAUAAAAUAUGUUAUAAGCUUUAA